CUCUAUACAGAGUUCAUUAAUAAGGCACUUCAAUGGACAUGAGUGGGAUGGCAUCAGAUCCCAACAAUUCUUCCCAGGAAGAAUACAUCCCACACUAUCUCCAAAAGGAAGACCCCUUUGCAUCAAAGCUCUCUAGAGAAGCUGACAUCAUAGCUGGCUUUUAUUUGACAAUAAUUGGGAUCCUUUCAACUCUGGGAAAUGGGUAUGUUAUUUUUAUGUCCUCAAAGCGAAAAAAGAAGCUGAGACCUGCUGAGAUAAUGACUGUUAAUUUAGCAGUGUGUGAUCUGGGCAUUUCAGUUGUAGGCAAACCCUUCAGCAUCAUCUCCUUCUUCUCCCACCGCUGGAUGUUUGGGUGGAUGGGCUGCCGCUGGUAUGGGUGGGCUGGAUUCUUCUUUGGCUGUGGGAGCCUCAUCACCAUGACAGCUGUCAGCCUGGACAGGUACCUGAAAAUCUGCCACUUGUCCUAUGGUACCUGGCUUAAGAGACACCAUGCAUUUAUCUGCCUGGCAAUAAUCUGGGCCUAUGCUACGUUCUGGGCUACAGUGCCUUUUGCUGGGGUGGGGAACUACGCCCCCGAGCCCUUUGGGACCUCCUGCACUCUGGACUGGUGGCUGGCACAGGCUUCAGUGGCUGGACAGGUUUUUGUUCUGAGCAUCCUUUUCUUCUGCCUCCUGUUCCCAACUGCAGUGAUUGUGUUUUCCUACGUCAAAAUAAUUUUAAAAGUCAAAUCAUCCACCAAAGAAGUUUCUCACUACGAUACCAGGAUUCAGAACAGCCAUAUACUUGAAAUGAAGCUGACCAAGGUGGCAAUGUUGAUCUGCGCAGGGUUCCUCCUUGCCUGGAUCCCUUACGCCGUGGUCUCCGUCUGGUCGGCCUUUGGACGGCCCGACUCGGUCCCCAUCCAGUUCUCAGUGAUCCCAACACUGCUGGCAAAGUCAGCAGCCAUGUACAACCCCAUCAUUUACCAGGUCAUUGAUUGCAAGUUUGCCUGCUGCCGGCCGGGAGGGCUGAAGGACAAGAGCUCUUUGAAGAAAUCAAGGACAUACACAAUAUCUGCACACAGGGACUCCACAGCCAUGAAUGAAACCCAGCUGGAAGCUUGAGGGCUCAUCUCACCUACAGCAAAUGAAAAUCUGGUGACAAACAACCCUACUGGCUCAAGUUCCUAAUUCUGUAAACGAAUUAUAACAUGGUGACAGGUUUAUUUUACUCCCUAUUCCUAUGUACAAUGUAUAGUUCUUUUCAUCCUGACCAAAAUAGUGCAUUAGAGUUGGGCAAACAUUCUAAGUACUGAAAGGAAGAAGAAACAGAGAAAAUUUGUGUUUAUUAAAAAUUUUCCUUCACUUGAGAGGCUUUAAAAUGCCCUUUUUUGUUCUUAGCACUAACAGAAAUGAUAGUCUGGGCAAUA